UAAGUAGGUGUCGGCUGAGAGAGAGAGGAAGUGGUAGUUCGUUCGUUCACAUUUGUUUGGUUUAAGUUUAGGUCACACGUUACAGUCGGGAGUUUGUUGAGGAUGGUGGUGGACGGAGGAAGCUCGAAGGCGGAGGCGUUUAAGUCGAUGAAAGAGUGGUUGAAGGAGACAGGAGGGUAUGGGAUAAUAGACGGAGGGCUAGCAACGGAGUUGGAGAGACAUGGAGCGGAUCUCAACGAUCCUCUCUGGAGCGCCAAAUGUUUGCUCACCUCUCCUCACCUCAUUCACACCGUGCAUCUGGAUUACCUUGAAGCUGGUGCUGAUAUCAUCUCCAGCGCUUCUUACCAGGCCACGAUUCAGGGGUUUGAAGCAAAAGGCUUCUCAAUAGAGAAAAGCGAAUCUUUGCUUAGAAAGAGCGUUGAAAUAGCAUGUGAAGCUCGCACCACCUUCUAUGACAAAUGCAAAUCCUCCAGCGACAUUGCUGAUGAUGAUAAGAAGAAGAUGCGGCCUAUACUAGUUGCAGCAUCUGUUGGUAGCUACGGUGCUUACUUGGCUGAUGGAUCUGAAUACAGUGGAAUCUAUGGUGAUUUGAUCACGCUAGAAACACUCAAGGAUUUCCACCGGAGACGGGUUCAAGUUCUGGCAGAGUCUGGUGCUGAUAUAAUCGCAUUCGAGACAAUUCCAAACAAGCUAGAGGCUCAGGCAUUUGCAGAGCUGUUAGAUGAAGGGGUGGUGAAGAUUCCAGGGUGGUUUUCGUUCAACUCCAAGGAUGGAGUGAACGUGGUUAGCGGGGAUUCAAUCAAGGACUGUAUAGCCAUAGCUGAAGCUUGUGACAAAGUGGUGGCUGUUGGGAUCAACUGUACUCCUCCAAGAUUCAUAGAAGGCCUAGUAAAGGAGAUUGCAAAGGUGACGAGGAAGCCAAUACUAGUGUAUCCAAACAGCGGAGAAAGAUAUGAUCCAGAACGGAAGGAGUGGGUGGAAAACACAGGAGUUGGGAAUGAAGACUUUGUGUCGUACGUAGAGACAUGGAUGGAUGCAGGAGUCUCAUUGCUUGGAGGUUGCUGCCGCACAACACCUACCACCAUCAGAGCCAUUCACAAGCGACUUGUCUCCCGCAGAUCUCUCUUCUCCUCUUCUUCUUCUUCUUCCCACCAUUAAGCCUUUCUUCCUCCAACCUUCACCUCACGUUCUCUCUACUUUUUGCUUAAUUAGUUUUGUUGUACCAAACAUAUGAAUGUUAAUUGUUUCUUUUUUUUUUUUUGCUUCCUUUUGCCAAAGACAUAGACACGAGCUUUUCUCUUUUAAUAUCAAUGCGAUCAAGAGUUUUGGGUAGA